AUGAAAACCUUUCUUGCAUUGGUUCUCCUUUCAUUUAAAUUUUGUAAUGUUUUUGCUGUUGAUCCCCCUCAGGGACAGUUGAGUGUUGAAGGCAAGAAAUUGCUGGGUAAUGGGAAGCCUGCUGCCCUUCAUGGAAUGUCUCUAUUCCAGUCAAACUAUGAACCAGGUCUCCCUUUCUAUACCGAAGAAGUUGUCAAAGCAUUGAAAUGCCAAUGGAAUUCUAAUGUUGUUCGAGCUGCCAUGGGGAUAGAUGAGGGUGCUGAAGCUUAUAUGCAGGGCCCAGAACCAGAACAAACCCAGAAAGGACGAGUUGAAAAGGUGAUAAAAGCAGCUAUCGAAGUGGGAAUUUAUGUGAUAGUUGAUUGGCACACACAUAAUGCUCUGAGUCAGGAAGUCAAAGAGAAAGAAUUCUUCGAAUACAUUGCAAAAACUUAUGGUAAAGGCAACAAAAACAUAAUCUAUGAGCUUUUUAACGAACCAACUGGUGGUGACAGUGAUUGGCCCGCAAUGAAGGUUUAUCAACAAAAAAUUGUCGAUGCCAUCCGUGCAAUUGAUCCCGACAAUUUGAUCCUUAUUGGCACUCCAACUUGGUCCCAAGGUGUUGACACUGCUUCUAAGGAUAAGCUUACUGGAAAGAAUCUUUGUUAUGUUCUUCAUUUCUACGCUGCUAGUCACAAAGGGGAAUUACGUGCGAGAGCUUCAACUGCACUUGCUAAUGAUACCUGUAUUUUUGUGUCCGAGUAUGGUACUGUAAAUGCUGAUGGAAAUGGAGCUGUGGAUGAAGGUUCGACAAAGGAGUGGUGGAAAUUCUUGGACGAAAACAAUAUUUCCUACGUAAACUGGGCCAUUGAAAACAAGGAUGAAGGGGCUGCAGCUUUAAAGCCAGGCACUCAAGCUUCUCAGCUUGGUGUCGACGAGCGUUUGACUACAUCUGGAAGUUUGGUUAAGAAACAUCUUUUAGGGCAGGAUAACGGUGUCAAGUGCGAUGGUUCAUCCACUGGUUCCACCUCGCCUGCUUCAACGAGUCCAACUUCUAAUGGACCCAAAUGA